AAAAAGGGGCGGAGCUAUGAUGAAGUUUUUCAUGCUGGACAAUUUAAACAAAAACAGAAUCGAAUUCAAAUUCAAACUUCAAAGAUCGGAAUCCUGAAACAAUACAUAUAAAUGACACACCCACUCCAUUCCACACUCCACAUUUCACACUUCACGUCUCUCACUCGACGCUUCACAUCUCUCUCUGCCUUCAAACUUCACUUUUCACGCGUGACACCAUCCUCUAUCGAAAAUGUUCCAGUCUCAGGCUGCUCACUUCGACCCCCUGUUCUACCCCAUCCUACCACCGCAGUUCUUCCCCCCGGCCUACUUCAUCAUGCCGGACCAGUUCUACCCCCCGUCCCACCCCGUUCUGAGAUCCGCCUCCUACUACCCUCCACCCGCAACGAUGGGGAAGAACGAACACCACGUCCCAUCCGUCCAGGAGGAGAUUCUGGGAGGAAACGCCACGUCUCCUGUGACACCACCUGAAGGUGGACGUGUAGACGAUGGCUGUGUGAUCACUGCUCAGGCUCAUGCCACUGACGUGCUCACACUCGAUCUACAUGCGGCACCAGAAACACCAGCACCAGCUGAGUCAGAGCCCGAACCUCAACCCACCUCCAGUCUGCCACCUGAAACUGUGGGCGUCGAGGAGCCUUUGCCCUCCAGACCCGCGAGUCCAAAGGCACUGAUGUGGGGCGAGAUAAUGGACAGCGUCGACCCAAUCCCAUCCAGACCCUCAACUCCCACAUUACUCCCUUGGGGAGAACUAAUGGAGGAAAUGGGGCGCCAAAAGGAUGGAGGGGCAGGUGGACGACAUCCUGGAGGUCGUCCCUCACCCGCAGGUAGCUCUCGGCCCGCUCCCCGCAACCUCUCAGCCUCACUCUCGCCUCCAGCCUCCAGACUGAUGAAGACCACGCCCACAGGAUAUGACAUCAUUAAUUAA